AUCAUUCCAACAGCACGAGAAACAUUUGAAGCAGUGAAAGUGAUUGCGCAGCGUGUGCUGGAUGCAUAUUCACCACAGAAUAUUGGCCGUGUUCCAAAAACCGAAUCAACCUCAGCGGUAUGGGAUUAUUACUAGGCACCAGCGAUAUUGA